AUGCUUCUUUUACUUGUCUUGUCCUUCCUUCUGUCUGGCCAUUGGCUCGCUUGUGUCUGGUAUGCAAUAGGCGUGACCGGAAGCUGCUCAGAAGGGAUCGUCCAAAACUCCUCCUGGAUCGUCAAGCUCGCAGACGACCUAGGCGAGCCCAUCGUCUUCCGCAACGAUUGCACAGUUCUCGAGAUCCCGCCGUCUUCCAAAUGCUAUGUCGCUUCUUUAUAUUUUGUCAUGACUUCUUUAACUUCCGUCGGCUUCGGCAAUAUAUCCGCUAAUACGAAAGAGGAGCAGAUAUUCUGCGUCUUUGUUUUGCUUUUUGGUGCUCUUGUUUAUGCCACUAUUUUUGGUAACAUCACUACAAUUAUACAACAGCUACAUACCGAUACGAACAGAUAUCAUGAUGCGAUCAACUCAGUCUCGGAAUUCAGUCGGCAAUUCCACGUUCCUCAAGAGCUGCGUGACCGAAUUCGUGACCAUAUCGUAUCAUCUUGGACAAUGAACAAGGGCAUUGAUGCUAGGAAAGUAAUUGAAUUCUGCCCUGAAGAUCUCCGUGCAGAUAUCGCUGUCCAUCUCCAUCGGAAGGUUUUCAACGAUCACAAGGCCUUUCGAGAAAGUUCCGAUGCCUGCCUGAGAGCGUUGGCUACAGAAAUCAAGGAAAAGAGAUUUUGCCCAGGCGAUAUCAUCUAUCACAAGGGCGAAGCUGUUGAUGAAGUUGUUUUCAUAAUGUCCGGGUGUCUUGAAAUCCUGGAAGAUGAUGAUGUCGUCAUUGCGAUUCUUUCAAAUGGGGACGCUUUUGGAAAUCAAGUGUGGAAGGACAACGAAGCUGCUCGAGGAAGUCAUUUUUACGUGCGUGUUCUUGCGCCUACUGAUUUGCGCAUUUUUAAAUCGGACAGCUUGAAGAAAGUGCUUCAAUUCUACCACCACUUCAAAGAGUCUUUCGAUGCAAAUAUGGUGCUUAGUUUCAACUUGUGCAAUCCGCGGACAAAGUCAUGUAACGGGGAGCGCAAACUGAGUAGCUCAAGUACAUGUUCAAAGAAAACACCUGUUGGCCGUCUCUCAAGUCUUCCAAAUAUAACGCACAGAAAGUCACUCUUCUCGCCAGCAACCAAGAGGGCUACUAUUGGAGGCUCGUUUCCAAUAAUUGAUGUCGACUGUGCAAUACAUGGUGCCAAAAAUCGCGGAACUCCGAGUCCAAUAGCAGCGUCAAAGCAGACUCAACUCAAGAAUCUCAUCGCUCAGAUGAAAGUCUUGACUGCAACAGCAGAGCAUCUUCUUUCGAACUGGGAUGAAACACCAGACUCAAAAUCGACGCCAGAACCCUUCUGCCGAAAAGACUCACUUCUUGUCGAAGGAAAGUCGAGAAUCAUGUCUAGUUCUUCUUCCAGAAAGAGCAUCAUUAGCGACAAUGAUUAUCUUCAUCCAACAUUGGAAGAGGUCGACGGUGAAACUUGCAGCGAACAAAGAAAAUCGGAGAACAGAAAAUCCAGAACUCUGUCUAUCGAAGAUGUGCUCUUUGUUGAUGAGUCUGAGUCCUAA